AUGGCACCCAAGAACAAGGAUAGUGUUGUCAAGAACCCUUCUGCCAAGCAGAAAGGUGCCAGCCAGAAGCGUACCGCUCUGGCAUCUCCGCCCGAGACUCGCUCUGUUCGCAGGGCCCGUCUCGCUGCCGCUCCCGCGGCAGACGAAGACGCCCCCAAGGCACCAUCCACCGAAUCUGGCGGUGGCACUGGUGUCGCCGUCGCCAAGGAAAACCAUAAAAGCCCUUCACCCAAUAAUUCGCCUGAAGUCGCUUCCUCUUCAUCUUCCUCCAUUCAUCCCAUCCAAGCGCCCAAGGAAAACACCGCGAAUAUCCAGAACAACAACUACCAGCAAGCUACGAACAUGUCGAGCUUCACAGAGUUCACCUUGGCCUCCCUCAUCGAGGGAAUCCGCGCCGCCACUGGCGCAAGCUACAUGCAAGCCUUUCGACAACUCCAUAUCGACUUGAAUGUGCUCGCUCGUCGAGUUCACAACACUGGCCAGGUAUUUGCUGGCAACCCUCCCAUGGGUCAAAGCAUCGUCGCCAACAACCAGAUCGCCUAUGGCACCAACCAGCCCGGCCCUGGUUCUGGUCAUAACAUCGUCCCAGGUCAGGGACUUGUUAUUGCUGGCGCCCCUGCAGCUGAGGUCCCUGGUCUCGCUGUUGGUGGCAAUGCUGGCCGUCCCAUGAAGCGUUACUUGUGCGAUCUUUGUCCUGGUGGCAGCAGAUCGUACACCCGCAUGUACAGUCUGAACCAGCACAAGGAACUGGCCCACCACAUUCCCAUGCCGCGCUCGGACAGCUACCGGGCACGCCACGGUCUUCUUGACGAGGCGGAGGGUGAUGACAACGCCGUCGGCGACAAUAUGGAGGAUCAUCAGGAGCAGGUUGGUGACGCGACUGCCAGCCGUGAUGGCAACGGCAGCGUCGAGGAGAAGAGUGAGCAAGGCGAGAAGGAUAACUGA